CGCUCGAGGCUCGGCGCCCCGCACCCCGCGCCCCCCUCGCGCUCGCCGCCGCCAGGAGAAGAAGCUGCGACCUGGGGUUUGAAUAAUUCGUUCAAGGUUACCACGUUGAUAGUGGGACAAGGACUGAAUCACCAGCACUGGCUGAAGGUUUGCUGGCAUGGGUAAUCUCAUUAAGGUGCUAACCAGGGACAUAGACCACAAUGCAGCACAUUUUUUCUUGGACUUUGAAAAUGCCCAGCCUACAGAGUCUGAGAAGGAAAUUUAUAAUCAGGUGAAUGUAGUAUUAAAAGAUGCAGAAGGCAUCUUGGAGGACUUGCAGUCAUAUAGAGGAGCUGGCCAUGAAAUACGAGAGGCAAUUCAGCAUCCAACAGAUGAGAAGUUGCAAGAGAAGGCAUGGGGUGCAGUUGUUCCACUAGUAGGCAAAUUAAAGAAAUUUUACGAAUUUUCUCAGAGGUUAGAAGCAGCAUUAAGAGGUCUUCUGGGAGCCUUGACAAGUACCCCAUAUUCUCCUACCCAGCAUCUAGAGCGAGAGCAGGCUCUUGCUAAACAGUUUGCAGAAAUUCUUCAUUUCACACUCCGGUUUGAUGAACUCAAGAUGACAAAUCCUGCCAUACAGAAUGACUUCAGCUAUUACAGAAGGACAUUGAGUCGUAUGAGGAUCAACAAUGUUCCAGCAGAAGGAGAAAAUGAAGUAAAUAAUGAAUUGGCAAAUCGAAUGUCUUUGUUUUAUGCUGAGGCAACCCCAAUGCUGAAAACCUUAAGUGACGCCACAACAAAAUUUGUAUCCGAGAAUAAAAAUUUACCGAUAGAAAAUACCACAGACUGUCUAAGCACCAUGGCUAGCGUCUGCAGAGUCAUGCUGGAAACCCCGGAAUAUAGAAGCAGAUUCACAAACGAGGAGACAGUAUCAUUCUGCUUGAGGGUGAUGGUGGGUGUCAUAAUACUCUAUGACCAUGUACAUCCAGUGGGAGCAUUUGCCAAAACUUCAAAAAUUGAUAUGAAAGGUUGUAUCAAAGUUCUUAAGGACCAACCUCCUAAUAGUGUAGAAGGUCUUCUAAAUGCUCUCAGGUACACAACAAAACAUUUGAAUGAUGAGACUACCUCCAAGCAAAUCAAAUCCAUGUUGCAAUAACAGUUCUGGAAUAAGCGCCUGCUGUAGACAGAAGACAGUAUUCUGCAGUGACUGAGAAUGCACAGUUUUUAGUGAUUGCAAUUUCGAUCUCAUUUACUCUUGCUCUUUAUUUCUUUCCUCUGUUCCUCUUCCCUCUUUUUUAAUCAUGUUCUUGUUCUUAAGACUUCCUUUCUGUGCCAAAAUCAGUAAGGUUAUACUCUGAAGGAGCAUAAUCCUUCAAAUGGGCCAUCUGAGGCAGCUAAUUAUGCAUUGCAUUGGGAUCUCUACUGAGAAAAAUUCUGUGACUUGAACUAAAUAUUUUUAAAUGUGGUUUUUUUUUGAAAACUAAUAUUUAAUAUUGCUUCUCCUGCAUGGCAAAACUGCCUAUACUGCUAUUUAAAAAAACCCUCAAUGACUUUAUUUUCUACUGCCGCUUUUUUCAUGUGCAGCCAAAAUGAAAAUGUUUAAAUUAACUGUGCUGUACGAAUGGUACCCAACAGAAACUUUUUAAAUUAGACUUUGUUUAACGUUUUAGGUUUGCAUUUUGACUUUUUUUGUAAGGAUGUAUGUUGUGUGUUUAACCUUUAUUAACUAACGUUACAAACUGUGAUGUGUGCGUAGACUAUUACGUAUGCAUGUUCAUGUUUAAAGAAUGGCUGUUGAUGAUAAAAUAAAAAUCAGCUUUCAUUUUUCUAAGUGUGGCUUGGUUUACUGAUGUUUUGUUUUUAGGCUUCUAAAGCUUUCCCCGUGUGGAAUUACAUGGGAGGCAUAGGCACGUCAUGUCAUUUACCCUUCUUGGAGGGAAGAGCUGGGUCUUCUCAACAGUAUUUUUGCUCAUUAUCAUCUAUGUACACAAUUUUAAUUGUUUUUAUAAUCUUGCUGACUGCAGCGCAACCAGUGAUCUUGUCAUGAACUUGACUUCCAUUCUUGAUUGACUUGUGAAUGUAGUUCUAGAAGGAGAACUACACUCCUGCUUGGCUGGCUGUUCCCCGGAGUGAGAGGUCAGCGACCGGAAGCCAAGAGUGUGGAAAGAAAAACAGUGCUUAACCCUGGCAGGAGAGGGAGUGUGGGAGGCUCUUCCCAGGAGGAGGCUGAAGGCCAUGAUCUCACUCACUUGUGAGAGGCUGAAGCUAGCCUCUCUGUUACUUUAAGAUCAUAAAACCUUAUUCAUGAAAUCCAAGUGUCAUGACAGGGAUAAGCUACUCGAGGCUUGUCUAGUUGGAUCGUGCUGGUGGUUUAAUGGCGUGUCAGCUAGGAUAUGAUUGAAAGGGUUGAUUGUGGAAGAAACUCUUGGAGGCUUCCAUUGUGACCUUCUGCUUUAAUAGUGCACAGUCCUGACACCCAAAGUCCCUCACGCAGGAUCCCCGUGACCUCUCAGGCCUUUGUGACAAGCUCUCCUGCCUCACACCUGCUCUCCGCCAGGCCCUCUUGCUGUUACGAUAGUCGUGUGUUGUCAAGCUCUCAUAGCUGUGGUCUGCCCUCCCUCAUGUCUGUCUGACGUGCACCAACUCUCAUGUUCCAAGGACCAGCUGGUGUCACCUCCAGGAAGCCUUCAGGAUAACACUGGCCACAUCCUUCUAAGAGUAUUGUAAUGGGUUCAGUAGGGGCCCCAAAAGAUAGGUCCACUCAGAAUCUGGAAGUGAUUCUUGGAACCACUUGGGAAAAAAGGGUAUUUGCAAUUAGAAUAAGGAUUUGGGGAUGAGAUCAUCCUGCAAUAGGCAAGGUCCUAAUUUCUAGGACAAGUUCUUAGACAUGAAGGGAACGCCCACGAAGAGAAGGCCGCCAGAAAAAGCCAGAGAUGAGCAUCUCCAUACCCAGGGACCAAGAAGCUGGCGGGAAGCCAGGAAGGGGGUUCUCUGGGCCUCCUGAAGGAACCAACCCCGCCAACUCUGCCACCGACACCUUGACUUCAGACCCCUGCUCCUGGCCUUUGUGCUGUUUUAAGCCACUGUCGUUUGUCUCGGCGGUCCUCGGAAUGUAUGUGAGUUCUCAGACACCCCGAUGUUUACCUGCACUUGGUAUCUUUUCUGAUCCUGUGAGAACUUGAGAGAAGGGCCAUGUUGGAUUUCCCCUCAGGUCCUAAGGAUCUUGCACAGAAUCGGAAUUUGAGCUGGUGCCCAGUAAAUGCUUGAGUGGAGUGAAAUGGAUACGCGUCAGAGGGGACCACGCAGCUGGAGUAGCUAGAAGGAUACUGCGGUGGCCUCUGCCGUCGUCACUCCCACCCUGCAUGCCGGAGAACACGUGGAAGGGUCUCUGUAACUCUAGCUCGGGGCUUAGCGAACUAUGAUGUUGGCCAAUCCGCCCGCCACCUGUUUCUGUACAGCCUGUGAACUAAGAAUAGUUUUUACAUUUUCUAAAAGGUGAAAAAAGAUAUCUUGUGGCAUGUGUAAAGUAUAUGAAAUUCAAAUGCUAGUGUUCAUAAAUAAAAUUUUAUUGCAAUAUAGUCUCAUUCCUUUGUUUACAGUUUAUCUACGGCUGCUCUUGCACCAGACAGGAGAAUGGAAUUCUGUGACAGACCCUGUGGCCUUCAGGCCAAAAUAUUUCAUGCCUGGCCCUCAACAGACCCCUCCUCUAGCUAGAGGAGCAGGUGUGCGCUUCCUAGUGUGAUGGAAGCUGCAACCUGGUAAGUGGAGGUCUGUGCCAGAAGAUGGAUUCCACUUGCCAUUCAGAUAAAGAGCAAACGGGCACCUUUUCACCAGCCACCUCUGGUCUCUCAAUGUCUGCUGGCUGUGAGCUCAGCAGAAGGCGGGGCAGGAUUAACCUAGUGAG